AUGGCCAACUUACAAGCUCUUUUCAUCAGUCUUGCUGUCUCUUUGUUUGCACUCAUCAUCAAUCUCAGUUAUGUGAAUGCCACAUUUCCCAAGAGUGUUUACUUUACCUGGGGAGCUCAACAAGCUGCGAUUGGGGGUAAUGGUGAAGAUCUUCAGCUUGUCUUGACCAAUUGGUCAGGAUCUGGAGUUUCAACAAAACGGCCGUUCCUCUUUGGUAGCAUAGAAAUGCUCAUCAAAUUAGUACCUGGAAAUUCUUCCGGCACUGUUACCGCCUACUAUUUGUCUUCCGGUGGUGACAAGCAUGAUGAAAUAGACUAUGAGUUCUUGGGGAAUACAUCAGGACAACCUUACACUAUCCACACGAAUGUCUUCGCUCAAGGCAUUGGAGGCAAAGAAGAGCAAUUCAAGCCAUGGUUUGACCCAACUUCUGAUUUCCACAACUACACUAUCCAUUGGAACCCUAGCGAGAUUGUGUGGUUUAUUGAUAGUAUUCCAAUCCGAGUCUUCAGGAACUAUGAGAGUCAAGGCAUUCCUUUUCCAAAUAAGCAAGGGAUGAAGUCUUAUUCAAGCAUAUGGAAUGCUGAUAACUGGGCAACACAAGGUGGGCGUAUAAAAAUUGACUGGAAGAGUGCACCCUUUGUAGCUCACUUUAGAAGGUUCAGGGCAAGGGCUUGCAAGUGGAGGGGACCUGUUAGCAUCACCCAAUGUGCUGCCGUAACUCCUGCAAACUGGUGGACUUCCCCUGUUUACAGCAAGCUGACUUACAACCAAAUUGGUCAGAUGCAGUCGGUCAGAAACAACUACAUGAUUUACAAUUAUUGCACUGAUUCUAAAAGAUUCAAGGGGAACUUUCCCCUUGAAUGCUCUUUACCUCAAUAUUAG